AUGGAAUCCCAUCAGCAGCCUUUGAAGCAUGAUGAUGCAGAGCAGUCCAAAGAAGCUUUUUUCCCCAGUUUCCUGAUGGUGCCCAUCUUGAGACUGGUGCCCUGUGGUGGUAAUUUCAGCUGUUGGGCUGUCCUUGGUGGUGGACCCAGCAGUGGUGGAGGCUUUUCAACAAUGGAAUCCCAUCAGCAGCCUUUGAAGCAUGAUGAUGCAGAGCAGUCCAAAGAAGCUUUUUUCCCCAGUUUCCUGAUGGUGCCCAUCUUGAGACUGGUGCCCUGUGGUGGCAAUUUCAGCUGUUGGGCUGUCCAUGGUGGUGGACCCAGCAGUGGUGGAGAGUCAACUACUGACAAUGAGGCCUUGAAAUUAAAUACCACUCUGACUGGAACAGCAUGUCCAUCAAGCAUCAGUGGAUUUCAGGGCACUUUGGACCCAAGCACUGUCUCCUGUCUGUUGGCUGGUCCAGACAUGUCUACCAACAAUUGUUCACUGGCCGGAAUUCAUGAAUCGUGUGAAGAUGUAUCGCCCACGCAUCAAGACAUAGCGAACGUCGGAUCGUUCUGUGCGAAUCAGCUAAUAUUUCAGACUUCACAGACGUCGUUUGAAGUAGUCCAAGUAUGUCGACUUGAUUCGAAGAAAACAGUUUCUUUUCGGUACCGGGACCGUAUUGGAAAUAGUGUCAAGUUCAUGCAAGCUGCAGAAAACCGUCGAGACUCUCGCCAUCGGAAGAUACCUCGUUGA